AGGGCGGCGGCGGCGGCGGGGAGCAAGGAGGGGAUGAGGUAUCGAGGGGUACGGCGGCGGCCGUGGGGGCGGUACGCGGCGGAGAUUCGGGACCCCCAGUCGAAGGAGCGCCGCUGGCUCGGCACCUUCGACACCGCCGAGCAGGCCGCCUGCGCCUACGAUAUCGCUGCCCGCGCCAUGCGCGGCCUCAAGGCCCGCACCAACUUCAACUACCCCACUUCCGCUGCCCCCGCCGCCCCUGCCGCCGCUAAUCAUCCCUCCGCCACCUCCUCUACUGCCGACCACCUCCUACUCCACCACCCCUCCGAUUUCCCCUGGCCCUCCUUCCCUCCCUCCUCUCCUACUCCCACCCCCUCCCUCAACACUUUCCUCCUUCGCAACCUUAUUCACAAUCCUUCCUAUGCUUCCUCUUCUUCUCUUCACCACCCGGAGGCUCUCAACUGCUGUCCCUGUUCCUCUCUCUCAUGCUUCAGUCCUACUACUAAUACUAGUUCUAGUACUCACAUGGAUGGCUUUAAUUUAACUGGACCCAGUUUGGAUUCCAACUUCUUCGGUACUACUUCUAACUCGGAUUUGUCACUCGUCCUCCAGCACCAUCAGCAGCAGCCCAUCGGCACUGCUGCUUCACCACCAGCGGCAGCAGCAUCAACUACCUGUAUCUCUGAACCCGUGGGUCCAAUUCAAGACAAUUGGGACUUCUUCCAGUCAGAGUCUCCUGAGUCUGGUUUGCUUCAGGAGAUCAUACAUGGCGUCUAUCCCCGGCGCAAUGCCGAUAACCAGCAGCGAAGCAGCGGAAUGGAAGCCCAUAGCCAUCAUGGCGGUGGAAGUGAUGGGGUUGCAGAACAGUUGGGAGUUGGGAGUCAGAUGGCUAUCAAGAAAGAGCAGCAGCUAUUGGUUGGUGCUUUUGAAGGAGGGCAUGACGGCUCCGAGAACUUCCCCAUGGUGCCCCAAGGCUUACUGGAAGACAUCAUUCAGUACCCAGACUUCUUUGAGAUCUUCUCCACCAAAUUGCACUAG